AUGAUCGGAAUACAAUGCUUUUUGUUUCUGAUACCCUGUACUUUUUCAGCUAUGAGCGAUUAUUCAGUUCCAAAGCUAGAUAGCGAGGUUCAGUAUUUGAUUGUUGUUAAAAAUUCAUCGUUGACAAAACACCUGAUAAGAAAAUUGGAAAGCUAUAACUGGACGCUUCCCGCAAUUGCGACGUUGGACAAAUGGAUGAGUAAGCAUUGGAUAGACCCGAUAAAUCGUGAACAGGUUUGGUCAUCGUCCGGUCUAAACUUAGGAAGAAAAGAAGUGCGAGAUGCAGUAAAGAAGUUGUUGUAUAAGUUUAAAGCUAAGAAAAACUACAUAAACUAUUUAUGCAGUACUGCAAUUGAAGAAGGAAUAUUUAACAAAGCAGAUACUGAAAAGAUCAGAAAUAACUAUUGGAAACUUCAAUAUAAAUACACUUAUCCCAACACACAAAGUAUGCUAUUUUCUCCAUACUCCACUGAAUAUUACAACCAAAAUAUUGAUCCAGAGGGGCUAGUCAAAUUGAAGGCUAUUUCUGAUAAGUAUCUAGAGGACACGAAACAGGAGCAACUUUUGAAAUGGAACUAUUAUAAAUAUUAUUAUUAUACUUAUGAAUAUUACUAUUCUUAA